AUGUAUGGUGGUAACCCGUUUGUACUUGCAGAAUUAGCAUCUGAUAUGUGGAUUGAACAAAAUAUUCCUGGUGGAUUAAAUAGUCCUUUGGGAACAUAUCUUGAUAAUAUAAUGGGUGGAAAUCCAAAUCCAACAAUGGCUCAACGAUAUGGUGGCUAUGGUGGCUAUGGUGGUUACGGCGGUUUUGGUAGUGGAUUUGGUUAUUCAUACGGAGGAUGGUAG